AAGCCGACAGUAGUUGUAACCAACAUUUGUGACAUUUCAACUCUCCUCUUGCUGUCAGAACAUCCAGUUAUCGGGUUACAAGUACUCGUCACAUGAGAUGGACACGGGACGUCACCUUGACUCCGAGUUAGAUCUGGAGCCGUCGCCGUGCGUGUGCGCCCGUCCCGGCUCCAGUGUGCUGUGUGGCUGGUGCGAUGAGAGGGGGAAGCGACGCCACCGACACUCCACUCGGAGGAAGAGUUCCGUCGCACCGAGACAAAUGAGAAGACGUUCUGCCGCAUACUCUCAAGGCGGGAGGCAGGAGCUGCCGCCUGGCUCAAAGCCGUUCGUGCAUCACCAGGACACACAUAAGUACAUCGAGGAAUACCGGGCCAGUCGGCAGGGUUCUGCUACGGAACUAGUGCGGGUCACUACGCCAUCGGUGAGGAUGAAACCCAGGGUGAUAGAAGUGUGCAGGACUCCCAGGUCCGGAUCCCGGGUAAAGAGGACGCAGUUUCUACCUCCGAACAUCAUUACAUUUCAGGUGUUCUCCGAGGAACCCACGCCUUCCUCACCACAACUGUCUGUGCCAAGUCACGGCCAACACAAUAAACACCCAAUCAGGGAGGUCAUACAGAAGACGGAAAGUUUUGCUAAGAGGAAUUUUCCGAAAGGUAUGCACUACGCAGGUGGGGAGCGGUUAUCUGCCACACCCUCGUCCCGAUCCCAGACCGCCAGAGCUUCUGGUCGCCAAAGCACCCAGAGCGAAGCUCCAAGUGACGUCAUCUUCCCACCAAGAUGGCGACCACAGUACCUGACUUUCAAGGACAUAUAUUCCCUGACUGGCUGUAAGAGUGUUUAUUACUGAGGAGGAAAGACACAAGGACAAACAUAGAAAUUUCCCAUCUAUUCAGUAUGAUAGUUCCUUACAAUUGUUUUGCCAUUUUGAUACCAAUGUUUAUACAGAUUUUUGUGAGUAUUAAUAAGAAUCAGUGCAAAGCACUGCACUGCGAACUGAUACGAAAACAACGUGCUGAUUCAAAUACACCAAUGUAGUAAAUUGCAGGUGCAUGACAAUUCAGAUUAUCUUUGUGAUCCCUUUGAGAAUAGAAGUGGAAAAAACACUAUAAAACGCAAUAAACA